AUGGACCUGUCUUCUAACUUUCACAUCCUGUGUGAUUUUGGCCACUGGCAGAAACAUAAAAUACAGGUGGCCUUUCAGCAGGUAUUUAGUAAGGAAGAUGAGGCAGAAGCACAGAGAUAUUGUUCUGCUAGAAGAACAACACGUUGUGCACAUAAACCAGGGAAGUCAUACAAGAAGUAAACUUCCCCUGAGCACAGGAGGUAAUGGAAAUUUAAUUUUAGCCCCCAGUCCACAAUGCUCUCUAGAUUGGGGCACAUACAGUUUAAGGUAGUGUAGUGGAAUUGCCUCUUACGACUUUAUGCUCUGAGCACCUGGUCAGGAAUCUUAAAUGGGCCUUCCUAGAGAAGUUUGAGUAAAAGCAAGAAACAAGGGGGGGGGGGUAGGAGCAGAAAUAAUAAAUGGAGAGAGGGAGCUAUCCUGAUGGGAAGUCAAUCCUCUUCAAGGCACUUAAUUGUCUUCAGGAGUAGUAAGGGUUGUUGAUUGGGGUUUGUUGGGUGGGUUUUGCCUGAUCACAGUUCCAUCCAUCUCUGUAAAAAGUUUUUUGCAAAAUGCAAAGCAUACCUCAAAGCUGCAAAAUGCAAUGCAAUACAAUAAAUUCCUCCUGAUUUUAGGAUCCUUUAGAAGAAUUCCCGCUUAAAGAUUCUUGGGGGCUGUUCAGGAAGCUUACUCGAGAGUAAGUCCCCACUAGCUUACUUCCCUGUCGCACAGUUUUAAUAGCCCCAGAUUGCAUAGUUGCUGCUUGGUGGCGGCGGUGGGGGGUGGGCUUCCCUGUGCCGGCCAACCAGGUUGUGGUAGAAAGAACUCCUAGCCCUGAGGCGGAAUACAAAAAGCAGGAAGAACGGCUAGGGCAGACGAUGUAAGGCGCUGGGUCCAUACAGAGGGGAGUCGGUUUAAAGCUCGGGAAAGCGGAGGUGUGGCAAAGAGAUCGAGUCGCUCGGACGGCACACUGGUAAGGAGAGGUGUGUGUGCACACGCGGGUGUAAAGACGUGCGGGGCUGCCAGAAAAAAGGUGGGGGAGAAACUAGAGGGGAAACGGGAUCAACGCCACUCGUCCUAGAUGGACUGCGAUCCUGGUAAGGGAGGGCGCUGGGCUAGGGUAGGGGGCAAGACGGCGCGGGUGGGAAGGCACUGGGGUGCGAGAGGAGGGUCCCGGCCGAGCAGAGGGGGAGGGCCUUGGGCAGUGGCGAAGACGACGGGCCCAGGGGAAGGGAAGCCGGGCUCGAUCGUCGCCGAGACGGCCCACAGGGGGGCCGGACUGAGCAGGGCGGCGCGGCGUGGGCUUUCUGCUUGUGCUGCCGACGCGAGGUGGGACUCGCGCGGGCCUGGCCGGCGAUCGCGGCCUUCGAAGCUCGAGCAACUUCUAGGGCAGGCGCUGCGAGCCCGGACAGACGGGCGGUGAAGGAGAGCGUGGCCGCCAAGCAGGCAGGCGACGGACGCUGCCGGCCGGCUGGGGGUCAAAGCCAGCAACCGAUCCUCCGACCGAGCUGGGGCGCCUCCCUCCGGCCGCAUCCCCGAGAGGAGCCGAGCAGGCGACGGAAGGAGGUAGGCAGGCCAGCCGCUCCCCGGGGCGCGCCGGUGCUGAUCACGGCUUGCGCCGCCCAGGGAGCGAGCGAGCGAGCGAGCGGGAGACAGAGAGACUCGGACGCCGCGUUGCGCUGCGACCCCGAGGGGGCGCCCACCCAGCGCAGGUGCGGAGCUUGGAACGCGCGCAGUAUCAGCUCGGGCUGAUCCAGGUACCCCCGGCACGGGCACCCUGCUUCUUCCCAUCCGCGUGCUGCAGCCCUCCCGAGUCGCUUGCGGGCUGUCUCCGUCGGUGCAGCCACCGGACAGCACCGCUCCGGUCUUCGCUUCUCUUUCCCCGCUGCGCAGAGAGGCGCGCUCGCCAAUCUAGGCACCGCGGAGCCCUCGGCUGAUCCGCCGCUUGACCCUCUUGGGCUCCGUGCGCACUCGGGGCUUCCACCUCCCCCUCCCUUAACGCCACGCGGGUUCCUUGCGCCCCCUUUAUCUUUUCAGGCCCCCGCUUGAUUACCCAAAAUUGUAGAUCUCUCCCCAGAAAACACCUAACUCCCCCACACCGCAAUGUUUGAUGUACCCCGACCCCUCCUCUUUUCUCUCUCCAGUCCCGUGACCUCAUCGGUGUGGACAGCUAACUGCAUAUUUUUGGGAUGGGUGCCCAGUACCACCCGAGGACUUGGUUUUGUGCGUGUGAAUGGGUAAUCCCGGGGGGGUGGAAAGAGGGGAGGCGAGCAAGAGCCUAGGCGCAGCAGCAGCUGCCGCCUCCUCCCCUUCGCCCCUUCUUAUCUCUCCCUCCCCUCGGGUGGAGGACGGUCCCCGCCCUCGCCCCCCGCCCUCGCCCAGCCUCUCCCCCUCCCCGGGCAGGGCGCGAGGCCCCUCCCCCUCUCAACCCCCCCAACACUCCACCCCCCCUUCUUUCCCUCUCCGGACUCGGCUGGCUCGGAGCAAACCGCCCCUCCCGCACGGGCAGGGCUCGCCGCGGUGCAGCCUGGGAGGCGUAGUCCGCAGGGCAGGGCCCGGCUCGGGGUGGGCGUGGGGGCGGCCGGACGACCGUACUACACUUCCCGGCAGGCCCCGCAGCAAGCAGCAGUCGGCGGCGGCUCGCUCUCGUCCUCACACUCGGGCUGCCGCUGCCAGUGCCGCCACCGCCGCUGUUCCUUGCGCUGCGCUGCUGAUCGGUGGAGCCGCGCUGGCCGGCCCUUGUGCUCCUCCGGCUCCGCUUGGCUGGAUUCCCUCGGGAUCGAAUGCCCCUUGUACCCCGGCGGGGGCCCGCCUUGGGAGCAGGUGCGUGUGGACGGUCCCCGGCGGUUCCCUUUCCCGGGCCCGCUUCUCCUCUCCCCCCCCCCACCGCCGCCUCCGUCGCCAUCGGGGAGGGAAGGGGGGGCGGCGUGUGAGUGAGGUUUCCAUGGAAACGGGGAGCGGGCCUUGGACCGCGGCCCUUUUCUCUCCCUUCCUGACCCCCCCCUCCCGUCCUCCCUUCGCGGUAAGGUCCCGUCCAGGACAGGAUGGUGACAGCAGGGCCGCUUCUGCUCCGGCCCCGACGGCGAGGGAGGAAGCGAUCGUCGCUUCAGGCUAGCAGGCAGAUUAUUUCACUUUCUGUUCUCAGGAAGGGGUGCUUGGGCUUACCCCCACUACUUCGACCACCGCCACCCUCCUCUUCCUCACUCUCUCUUUCCAUUUCUCCUCUGCUUCCAUCGACGGGGCGGACAGAGGGGGUCGACACCCUUUUCGCUUUGGCGAAUUCGGUGGCGGAUACGGUGGUCUGCGCGAGUCUCUGCGCAUCCCGAGCGUGCGGUAAGCCUUCGGCAUGCGGAGCCUGAGCUGCGCCACCCCGUCUAAAUUCUGGGCUUAAUUUUUUGAGCGAGGAGGGGGAAUAAUUCAGCGGCCACCCACUCCGGGCGCACGUUGCGGGGCGAUCCGCCGAUAGAAGAGACCUGAUAAUGGCAUAUACACUUCUGAAUGGCAGAGACUCAAGCUUGGUUGGUCCCUCCCGUCUGCUUUCUUCCAGGCGUCUUGGGUUGCUGUUUUCCGCCGCCGCCGCCUCCCUCUUUCUUUCCCCUACCCCGCUCCCUCCCUCCAACAAGAGACAAGGGCGAUGCCCGUGACGGUCCCGAAGGGACGGGCAGCCUAGAUCGUGGUGCGCGGGGGAAAAGGAGAGGAGGAACGCGGCGCGGCGGCGAGCUAAACUCGGAAGGAGUAACCAAAUGUUAGACGGUCGGGAGGCAGAGAUGGGCUGCUGAAGGCAGAACGGAGGCGACCCGUUCUUCCGGAGGUUGAUUUCUCUGAGUCUCGGUAGAGAGUGUGUCCGCAGGAAGGGAAGAGAGCAUAAGCUUGUUUUCAGAAAGAGGGGGACAACUUUUGCCCUAUUUGGAAGAGUGGGAAGUAUUGGUUGGCAUCUUUGCAGUGUAACUGGCCAGCCCGUUUGGAAUGGGCCUGCCCUUUAAAAUCCAAUGUCUCGGUGGGAGGGUAGCUUGAAAAUGCUUGCAAAGCACAAGAGAUGUCCGUGUGUCUGUGUUGGUGAGGAGGAUAGAGUUAGGGCUUUGCAUGCUAUCCCAGUUUGCCUUGCCUUGCCUUGUCCAGGUAACACAUAAGCAACACCCCCCCCAUCCAAUUUGUAAUCAGGGCUCUGCCUCCAGGUUGGCCCCACAAAUGGCAGCCCCCGAAGCUAGUCGUUGUGCAUGUUUACUGUCGUGUAGUUCUCAGCCUGCCAAGAAAAUCGGAGCCUGGCAGUGGCAGCGGGGAAGAGUGAAGGGAUGGGACGUUUUUUGAAGCUGAAAUGGGGAUGGAGGGUGGUUUGCGGGGUGGGGGUGGGAAGAUGUGCUGCAGGCAUCGCGUCAUCGGCUGGACAAUGUGUGUGUGCUUGGGGUCUGGAGGAGGCUUUUCCCGGUCGGUCGUGGUAGCCUGACUUGUGUUUUUUAGAAACGUGAUGUUAAUCUGCAGCUGCGACAGGUUUCCACAGUGAGGCUUCCCUUGCCAGGCUGCAGUGAGCAAGCGAGUGAUGGUUCGUUCUCUCUGUGCCAUUGCACAGUGAGUAAGAGAGAGGCUUUACCUGGAGACGGUUGGAAAGUUUGCAAGUGCCUGGCUUCGGUGGAGAUGCAUUAUUGUCUUUGCAUGCUUAGGAGUGCAUUGUCCUGGCUGCGCACGCUUAAGAAAAGGGAAUGAGCAGGUGUGCAGGCAAAGAUUGCUUUGGCAGUCAUUCUGUAUACAUACUCGCAAGCAGAGUGUGAGGGAGAGGAGCUGGUUUUAAAUGGGGACUUCCACUCUGAUCCUGCGCUCCAAAUGCAUGCCUUCUAUUGAAGCCAGUUGGAAGUGGUUGCUGACACUACUGUGAUAAGGCCUUCCACUGGGUAUAGUGGUGGUUUGUUUCUAAAAGUAGUACCAUACUUCAAGCCACUGUAGGCCUAGAAACUUUGUUCCUUCAACCUGGAUGUGUAGAAUGGGAGCUGUGUUCUCUCUCACUUCAUGAGAAAGAGGCACUCUGUACACUCUCAGAAGUGUUGUGUGCUUAAUUGCAGGUUGCCAGUGCGGACUCCUUGCUUCACUUAAGUUCUCAACGUCAAGAUUUCCAGGUCGUUAUAAGGUACAACAAAAGUAAAUAGGGUAACUUUAUCUUUUCCAUAUUGCUAAAGGUUUGGCAACUUUUGCAAGCUGAAUUUAUUUCCUACAUAAUGGUUGCUGUUUUUCAUGGGGUGGGGGGCUGGAAAGUAUGUUUAAAAAGAAAAAUGUCAUAUAUGGAAUUUGAUUCAGGAGCAUACUUGUUUAUGUACUAUGUGUCCGUCAAAGACUAAUUUAAAGAGAUUGCAGGUUGGGAAUAAACCUCUUUCUUCAUCUGGAGGGCUGACCUGAAAACACAAGAGCUAUAAGAAAUGUUGUUAAUCCGUCUGGCCUUUAACUGUUGACGGAGCUCAUUUCCUUUUGGCCUUUGUCUCUGCAAGCACCAGCAGAGAUGUCAAUUUUGACUUUUUGUGGUAGCCACUGAAGCGCUCAAAGCUGUACAAGCCGUUGGCUUUAUAACAUACAGUAUAUAUGUAUGUUGGAAAUUUUGCCCUGAUUCUUAGUAAAUAUGUUCCAACAUCAUCUAAAGCUUUAUUCAGACAUUGGUUUUCCCUCUGUGGCAGAGGUUGGAAGCCUGCGGCCCACCAGAACAUACUGGAUUACAAUUCCCAUCAUCCCUGACCAUUGCCCGUGUUGGCUGGGGCUGAUGGGAGCUAGAGUUCAGCAACUUCUGGAGAGCCAUAGGUUCUCCAGUUUCUGCUCUGUAAUCUUUUGGGAUGGAGGAGGAAUUCGAUCAGUCCGUUUUUUCGUUUUUUGUUUUGCAAUGUAUUGACCCAGUUCAACAGUCCUAAACUUCUCUGUGGAUUGGAACACAAGUCCUCAUUAGAGAAUGCUCUUAACUGGAUUUUGCAAUGAAGUUUUAGUGCGCAAAAAGAGCACAGACAAGUGUUGUUGAUGGUUAAAGCACAUGUAAAAUGUAUCUUUUGUGGAAAAUACAUUGGAAAGCAUUGAAAAAUACAUAUUUUGGGGCAGUGCAUAUAAUUUAAGUACAAGUUUUUCAUGCUAUCUUUAAAAAAGAAUUGCACAAAAUAGGACAGAACAGACCUAUGAUUGGGUGCCAGUGGAAAGGAAAGGGACAGACUUGGGCAGAUCUGUCCAUUACUAAUGGUCAUUUUUCUGAGGCAAGUUUAAUAUAAGGGCUUUGAGACUGAAUUUAGGAAAUCUCCAGUUCAAAUUCUGUUCUUUCGUAACGAGGUUCUGCCCCUUAGGAAAACUGCUGUUUGCUUUUCUACCCAUCCUGGAUCAUAAAACUGACCUAACUUACAGGAUUGUUGUAUGAGUUAUUGAAAUAAUGUAUCUUAAGUGCUUUGAGCCUCUUAAAACACAAACCUGAAUUAUUAUUAGUGUUCCUAUCCUGUCCAUUGCCACCUAUGGCAACCAGCGAUUUGAGCUUUCUGGAUCAUUCAGUGUAAAAUUCAAACGGCCCACUUGGAAGUGAAGGGAGAGACAUUAAAAAAAAAAAAGGCUAGAAUAUCUCCAAGGGACAGCAGGAAAGCUGACUCUUGUCUUUUGUUGUGUCAAAUGGAGGCCAAAUGUUGUCCAAAAACCAGAGCUGGUGUUGAUAAUCUGUGAAUGGUGUGUUAUGGCUAGAAAAGCUUGUGUUGUCAUUGUUCAGAUAAAAUAGUGUUUGAUCAUUUGGAGUAUGGUGUAGGAGGAGGAGAAACAAGGGAAACAAUAAAUUUAGCUAUUUUGCUAAAGUAAGAUAAGUUAAGGCAACAUGCAGUUUGAAACUUUACUGCUGGAGUUUUUGUUUCCUGCUUUUUGGGGAUUUUAUUUUGCAAAAAUCAACCCUCCUUUUACAAAUGCAUAAACUGUAAAACAAUUUCUCUGGACACUUCUUUUUGUCCGUCUCCUUUAGAUUUUCAUCCUUUUUGGUAUUUUAUUGCUUCUUUCUUUUCCAUCUGUCCCUAGGACAGAGUUUCAGGGCAUCUUAGGCAAGAACACCCAGUCUUUUGCCUUGUCCCAAUUUUGCCCUUUCCUCUGUGCUAGGACUAAGCUAAUCACUUCUAUUGAAGAGACCUCCUUGCUGUUCCAGCCAGUAGCAUUGUGAGGCCCCUUCACCUGUUUGGCACCCUUCAGAGUAUGUCUGGACCCUUCAGCAGAAAAUUCAGACCAUGAUAUCCAGGAUGAAAUACAUGUUCUGCAGAAAACAGAUCUGGGCAGGAACAGAUCUAUGCAAAGUUAGGGAUAUCAGACAUCAUUUCUACUGAGGACAAAGCAAAAAGCAAUGGGUUUGAAUCCAGAUUUUGGAAAAUACAUAAAAUUUCCAAGCACCAGCAUUUAUAUAACAUUGGUGUCCUGUGCACUCUAUUUUGUAUAAUUAUGUGCUAGAAUCCAACUUCUGCUGUUUCCCUAGCUUUGUAGUGAACUUCCAUGACAGAUGUAGACUAAAAAUGAUUUAAGGAGUUUGGAGAGCAGUUACGCAAUGGAGUUAACUUCCUGUCUUUCCUGGAUGUCAUCUAAGAGAUCUUGUCUCCUAGGGUAGGAGGUCAUUUAUUGUUACCAUCAAUCAUGUUUGUAUCCUGCUCUUGCUAGGAUGAGUUAUGGGCAAUAUGCAUGAGGGUUAUCAUAGUUUAUUCUCACAACAACCCUGUCAGGUAGCACAGGCUGAGGAUGAGUGACUAAGCCAAGGUCCUGCAGUGAGCUUCAUGACUUAACACGGACUCAGACAUGGGUUUUCCAGGUCCAGGUUGACACUUGUACCAACUACAUUUGACUGAGAUUACACUGAGAUUGCAUUAGAUGACCCACUGAGUUCCAUCUGGGGUUGGAAUUCCUUUUCACAUGUUUAUUUUGAAGACCAAGAAAUGUGCUGCUGUGGCUCAUCUCUUGCACAGGAUCAGGGCAUUUUCCCUUGAGGAACUGCUUCUGUUCUGAAAGGGUAUUGCAGUCACCAUCACCCCCAUCCCUCCUGAAAAACACUGAUGGAACCAUAUUGUUGUUGGGAAAUUUUAAAUUCUUUGCUCAGCUGGUUAAGGGAUUGCUAUUUAGAGUGCUGUCUGGAAUGUGGUUGUGUGAGUGCAAUGGCUGGCGCUCAUGACUUCACUGAUGAGGUACGUUGUAGAAAUUGUUUAGUUCAGUUGUGUACUUUCAGACUUUUUUUAUUGCUUAUGGCUACUUUUGCUAUGUUUGUAAUUAUGUAAUAUUUUUCAUGUUGUAAGCUGCCUUGAGUAUGGUUUUAACUAUGGAAAGCCUAGUGGUCCUUAAUUCUAAUGCCACAGCCUGUAAGAGGCCCCCUGAAAUUGACCAGGUUGAAGAGGACAAAAAUAUAGAGAAGUCCUUUUGUUUGUUUGAGCAAUUCUCCUCCCACCUGUGCAGAUGGAUGACCAAGGUGUUCCUCCAGACUAUCUUGAGACUAGUUUCUCAUGGUUUCAGCACAAUCUCCCUCUUGCAUCUUUCCUGACCAUUAGGAAGGGGUGUGUGAGCACAGUUGCACCUCUCUGCAGCAGGGUGGACCUCACCUCCCAUCCAUUAGGUUUUGACUAGCUAUUGCUCUAUUGCCAUUGCACCAGGACUUUGGAACAUAGGAAGCUGCCUUAUACAGUAAAAGGAAGCAUGGCAGCCCCCUGUUUAUGCAACUCUCUCCUGAGUAUCAUCGGAUCGUCCACCACUUUGGUCACAUUCAGGCAAAAUUUAAAAACUCACUAAUCUGUCCUGCCGUUUGGGGUAGGGUGGGGGACCAAAGGGUGUUGGGUCUAUAUGGUGCUGUUUAUUGUACUGAUAGGCAGUUGUGUCAUAUAGUUAUUUUCAUGUUAUGUUGUUAGCCAUCCUGUGCUGCUCUUUGGGAUGAAGGGCAGGUUACAAGAACUAUUGAUGAAUGAGCAGCAGGCCAUUUCCUGACUGGUAGCAGCUCUCCAGGAUUUGGGGCUGGGCUCUUUCCCAGCCCUACCUGGGGAUGCCAGAGAUUGGACCUGGGAGCUUUCACAUACAAAGCACGGUGCUCCUCUGCUGAUCCACAGCCCCUCCCUGACUUGCAGGACUAACCCCUGCAAAAGCUUAAAUGGCAUAUGCAGUUGUGCUUUGAAUUGGUUCUAUGGGUAAGCUACCAAAAUCCCUUCUAUGCUUCCAGCAGUCCUCAGCAUCCUGGACCAAGUGUAGCACUCCCAGGCGAUGAUCUUUCCUGUAUUAUCGAGUGUGUUACUUCUUGAAUAACUUUGCAAUGAAACAGGAAAACAGCAAGCAUUUCUGCAUGGGUUCCGAAUUGGAUUCAUCUCUGGCAAUUGGAACAGGCUUCUGAAAAAGGCAGCUGAGGCAGGGGAAUGGAGAAAACAGGCGAAGUGGGAAGCAGCUUUCCCCUUUCUCACGAGAGCUAUAUUCAAAACUCCAUUGCUAAGGUGUUUACUAAAUUUGGAAGACCCUACAGAUUGCAGCAUCCUCUUCACAGUUAGCCUCAACUGUGCCGAAAGCAGGGCAACUUCUGAGUAAACAUUUGUAGGCUCGAGCUGCUUUACUGGUGCCUCUGUUUUGUUGUAAUGGUUCACUGUAGAUGGGCAGAGAGGGAGCUGUGGGUCAUGCUAAUUUGCCAGACUACACAAGAUGACAUUAUAGGACCCCAAGAGGUGUACAUGGCUAGCUUCCUGCUGAGGGAGUGGCAUACUGAGGAUUAGGAAAGAAGGUGCUUGCUGCUUCUCAAGGCUCCUGACUCCAAGAAGGGGUGCUUGCCAUCAGGGUGCCUUCUCAGUGGGCUUGGUCGAGGGCACUUCUGCAAAUUCCUUUGUGGAAUUCUCUCUGCACUUGGCACCUCUCUACGUGCUGCCUGCCCAGAAGGGAACUCCUCGUAGUUCCUUGGGAACUUGUACUGCCUAGUUUGGAGUGUGUGUUUCUAUGCCUCUCUCUCUCUCUCUCUCUCUCUCUCUCUCUCUCUCUCUCUCUGUCUCUCUCUCUCUUUUCCCCCCCUCUACCCAAUUUUCAAUCCCUGGGUUUUGUUCCCCUGGUUGCGAGGGAUUCCUGCUCUCCCCUUUUCUCUGUUCCCUGGGAAUGGUUCUGCCUGGCUCACGUCCCACAUCCUCCCUGGGAACAACAAAAAAAGAAUGCACUCAACAAUGUCCGUUUCUGUUGCUGCAUCCUUCAAGGGGCCUUCGUGCCUCUGCUGUUGACCCCCAUCCUUCCUUGCGCUUUCGGCAAACGCACGGCUGCCCGUGUAGCCUUGGCCUCUGCUUUUGGCAUCUUUCGUCCGCGGAGAUCCUGUCCCAUCUGUGCUCUCUGCUUCUCCCCCAGUGCAGCCUCCCAUUUUGUAUGGUACUUUGCUUUCUUCUCGCCCUCUGAAUUUGCACGUUAAGUCCCCCACACAUCUGCAAGCUCUUUGAUAACUAUAUAAAGCACUGAUACGGUCGGUACAUGAAACAACAUGGGCAAAGGUGUUCACACUUGCUUCCCCCAUCUCUCUCUCCCCCCCCCUUUAUUUCAUAUACUGCAUUCAACCUCCAUCUUUCCUCCAAGGAGAUCUUGGUGGCAUAGAUGAUGCUCCUCCCUGCCCAAUUUUUAUCCUCACAACAGCCCUGUUAGGUAGGUUAGGUUAAUACAUGACGAUGGGCCCAAGGUUCAUGGGUAAUUGGGAUUUGGACUUGGGACUCCUUCGUCUCAAGCUCUAACCACUACACCACACAGCUUCCUAGUGACUUUGAAUUUCCCCUUGGUGUUGUGUUUUGUUCUAACUUCUCCUCAUCGUGAGAAGUUACAGUACUCCCCUCUUUGGGUUUCCCACAAUCCCUGUAUGGUCUUCCCACUGUGGCCCCAGUCUGGAAAUUCAACAGCUCAUGUCUUGCAUAGCUGUACUGAGAAUUGCUUUGCUAAUUAAUUGCCUGGCAAUGCUUCAGUGCGGAGAGGAAAUGACUCUUUAUCUGAACAGAACUCCGCUCAAGGAAUUUCAAGCUGACGUGUGUGCCUUUGCCUUGUGCACUUCUUCUCCUGCAGUGCUCCAUGCUUCCUCCAGCCAUAGGCAUCCACAAAGGAGACAACCCUGCACCCCAUGAACCAUAACUCCCAGAUUCCCCACAUUUCAUUUUAAACAAGCUAAGUUUCUAGCCUGAGAUAUGAGGCAAAAAAGUACAAUAACUAAUUAUUCUCAUUUUGUGCGGCAGAGAAGUUAGCUUGCUUUCCCCUUUUUAGUGUUUUAACUCCACCUUCCCAACAACAUUUCUGCAGAUGCCGUUGCCUCCAGCCUAACUUUGUGCAUCGAAGCACCUCACCUUAGCCAAGGGUCAGUGUGACUGCCCCCCCCCCCCCCGCUCUUUAUCUGUCUGAACUGCCCCUUGGAAGCUGAAAACAGCAACUGUCAAAUCUGGCCCUAAUGCUUUGUGUUUCGUUGUUGUUGUUUUUCAAUAGGCAGAGCCUGUGA